UAUAUAUACGUAUAUGUAUAUAUUGAUGGCUUGAAAUAUGAUCACGAUUAGAAAGCAUGUGAUUUGUGAAUCAUUAUCAUAAAUGUCAUCAUUUUACUUAUGGUUAUUUAUUUACAUAUUUAUUUGUGUUCUACUCUCUGGGCCAGUAAGCAAUCAUUCUAAUGAUUCAUUAGAGUAUAAGAUUCACAUUUGUUCUGUACAAUUCAAAUUGUUGCAGAGUUUUUGAACCCUGCUUCCAUUGUCACGCCUUUGAUUAAAGAUUAACAUAUCAAAUGGACCUAGCUUUUUUUUCCCCCUUCUAGCUUACACUCUUAUUUUACAAGGUAAUGUUCACGUGUGUCUCUUUAACAUUUCAAUAUACAGCUUGUUCCAUAAGUAUAUUUAAAUUACUUCAUGUCUAAAAUAUGUAUUUUCUUUUGGACCAGUUUACCUGCACUAUAAAACAUUAUAUGAUAUUAUUAUUAGGGUAUUUUUAUAGUACUGAUCCUAAGUUCCACAAACUGGAGCGCAAUGCAUGUUUAUGUUUUCAAGAGCUAUAUAGACAGGCCUUCUGAAAAAAACUAUAGUUUACAACAAACUUGGUAUCAGCAAACUCUUAUGUUAGCGCAUCUGGCUAGCGCAUAACUCAGGCAUUUCUGUGCCUGUUUUUUUUUUUCAGGCACUCCAGCUUCCUCCUGAAUUAAAAAAAAACGUGCAUGUUAGGUUAAUUGAUGACUCCAAAUUUCCUGCAUGUGUGAGUAUUUUUUUGUCUAUAUCUGAUUUGCUGGCGACCAGACCAAGGUGUACCUCACCUCAUGUCCAACGUCAGCUGGGAUAGGCUCCAGCUCACAAGUGGUAGAAUGGAUGGAUGGGGAGCAUCAAGCAGUAAAUGUGCCUUACAACUGCCGUACAGUAGUGUUUUGAAUAUCUGCAUUCAUACAAAUUGGAAUGCAGAAAUUGUUAUAGUCAUCUUUUUAUUUUAAAAACAAAGAAUGUCAUCUGUAAUCAGGAUUUGAGAUACUUUAUCCUGUGAGGUAAAUUAACUAUGUUUUUAAAUAUUAAUAAUGCUUGUGUGCUGGAUAUCCAGGAGGAAACAAAUGAUUUCAUUGAACCUCCACUCAGGGCAUAAGUUUGUAGUGUUUUUCUCAUUCAAAUCCAGGCAAAAAAUGAAAUGAAAUAAUAAAAAAACACAGCAUAUUUUCCUUGCUAACCUCCUGUGGUACAUACAUUAAAUACAGCCUCAAGUUGAGAUUUUACUCUCAUUCAGGAAAUAAUGAUGGAAGAUGACACCUUGCCCUCACUGUCCCACUUCAUUCCGUGGGUGUUUGAUGUUUUUCUUUUUUCUUGAGUGGUACAGGUCGCAGGAAAUUGUCAGUUUUUCUUACUAUCAAAAAAAAAAAAGAAAAAUAGUCUCAGGCAGAGACUAGAGACUACACCAACCAGUAACCGGUAUAUUGGGACCUUUAGUACAGCUUCCCAAACUGCACAAAAUAGAUCUGCAAAUCUCACCGAAAUUUGUCGACCUGUACCUUACCUCUCGCGGGAAGUCAGCUGGCAUAGGCUCCAGCUCACCUGCGAUCAUAAUGAGUUUUAUGUUUUAUAGAAAAUGGACGGAUGGACAAUAUUAAUUGUGAUCCGGGCACAUUUUGACCCGUAUGUAAGAUUAUAACAAAGAAAUCCCACCUGUGCAUUGUCUUAUCACCCAUGUGCAUCCGCAUGGCAGGACUUCGGUGCGACUUACUUCCCACUCAUUGCCUCAUUCAGAAUCACCCUGCAACUGAAUGGCAACCUGUCAGCUGGAAUAGACUCCAGCACGUGCUGUGACCAUGAACAGAAGUAGUAGUAUACAAAAUGAACUGAUUGAUGGAAGGCUGUUUUAUACACUCAUAAAUGAAAAGUUGUUUUAUACACUCAUCAUUGAAAAUCUGAUUAAUCAAAAACAAAUAAAGUACAUAUCUUUUUUUGGGUGUCAGAAGGGUAUUUUUGAUUGUUUUGGUAGUUUUAGAGAACAGCAAUUCAUCAUACUGACAUGUAGAGUAUUUAAUAUUUCACUUGUUAUUUGUUAAAUAAGGUAAAUAAGAUUGAUGCAGUGCAAUUCUCCAUCACGAUAAACUAUCCAACCAUCCAUUUUUUAUACCGCUUAUCCUCGUUAGCAUGAUGGGUGAGCUCGAGCCUAUCUCUGCUGAUUUUGGGCGUGAGUGUGGAUUUACUCUGCACUGGUUGUGAGAGUAUCUCAGACUAGACUAUAUACCCAAUUAUAGAAACAUAUUGUUUAAAACGUGAGCAUAAAUAGAUCCAGGUCUUGCAUUUAAUCCAUCUGUUUUGUUUAGGGGCUAUGCCGAACUCUUUGUGUACUACAUGAGUGUUUCUUUGGGUUUCAGCCAAAAAAUUGUAUUAACACUUUUGAAAAAACAGAUAAAGUAGAUGAGAGAAUCUCCUAUAAAUCAAUGAAUGCUUGAUGUGUUAUCUUGUAUAAUAGUGAAGCCAAUGAAAAUGAUAUGAACAAACUGUAUCCCUAAAUCCUAUAAUGAUGCAAAAAUACGAUAUAUUUGCAGGCAGUUGCCUUGAUGUUCAUAGUUCUGUUUCAACAGGAUUGCCUCAUACUCUCAUAGUUUCUGACCUGUUUGUGAGAUUGUGUUGUGUACACACACACAUGCCAGCAAUUCCAAACAUCGCUGUUGACCAGCUGAAUUCCAGACAGAACGUGAAGCACAUUUAAAUAAGUUCUUAGGGUUCCCACGGUGUGAGACUCAGGAUCACCCCAUCCAUAUGUUGAACUCAUUGUGCAUUGUGAGGCGUGCGACCCUGUGCAGUAUGAACAGCUGACGUUGCAGAUACCAAGGUCUCUGACUAUAUAAAGAGGGUCUGAUGGGAGAGUGAUAGGAACUCAGCCACUAACCUUUAGGCUCACAGGAUGAACGCCCUCAAUACUCUGCUUCUCUUGGCUUUAAGCCUCUCUGUUGCUCAAUCCCUGAAUUACAAGUCUCUCAGCCAGUUUAGAAAAAUGAUUCUGUGCCUGAUGCCUGAUAGCUGGCCUGUCUUUGACUACAUCGACUAUGGCUGCUACUGUGGAAAGGGUGGCUCCGGCACACCUGUGGACGAGCUAGAUAGGUGCUGCUACGUGCAUGACCAGUGUUAUAAUGACGCUAUGCAGCAUCCCGAUUGUUGGCCAAUCUUUGACAACCCUUACACAGAAUACUAUCACUACAGCUGUGAUAAGGACCAGAAGAAGGUCACCUGUAGCAACAAAAAUGAUGAAUGUGAGAUGUUCAUCUGUGAGUGUGACAGAAAAGCCGCAGAAUGUUUUACCCGGUCGACAUGGAACCCUGAGCACGAGCACCUACCCAGCCACAUGUGCAACUGAAGACCCCAGCAAACUUGAUCCAACCGAUGUCUCCACAUGCAGCAACCAAAAUUUGCUGCAGUGUAACUGGAAUAUUUGGAACAGUACAUUACUAUCAGUAAGCAUCCGUCAUGAUUGUGUACUGUAUUGUUUAUACAACAGCCCUUGCCUCAAUUCAAAUGUUUCCAUUAAACAUGUUGCCGUACAUGAUUAUAAAUGAUAUUGAUGGCAUUUAUUUAACAGUUGCACUUCGAAAUAGUGUUGAAAAUCAUCAGACUUUAAAUGUCUGCAUCAUAAGAAGGAUUUACCUGCAAAAUAAAAUAAAGCUAUUUAUUCAAUCUU